CUUAUUGGUAAAGGGUUGCUAGGGGGCCGGGGAUGGUUGCUAAGGGGCGGGACUUGGUUGCUAAGGGGCCGGGGUGGUUGCUAAGGGGCGGGGCUUAUCGGUAGAGGGUUGCAAGGGGGCGGGUGGUUGCUAAGGGUCGGAGCUUGUUGCUAAGGGGUUGCUAAGGGGCGGGAGCUUAUUGGUAAAGGGUUGCUAGGGGGCCGGGGUGGUUGCUAAGGGGCGGGACUUGGUUGCUAGGGGUUGCUAAGGGGCGGGAGCUGGUUGCUAAGGGGCGGGGCUUCCCCAUGCGAGGGGCGGGCUGCGGUUGGCCCAGCGGCCGGGGGGGUGGGCGUGGCCCGUUGCUAAGGGCGGUUGCUAAGGGCCGGGCCUGGCGCCGGCCGGGCCUGGCGGCGGCGGCGGCGACACCGACGAGGCCCGGGGCCAGGCCCGGCGGCGGCGGCGGGGCCAUGGAGUUCCCGUUCGACGUGGCGGCCGUGCUGGGCGAGCGCGUCUCCGUGGUGGACCAGCACCUGCGGCCCGCCGGGCGCCGCGGGCCCGCCCAUCGGGGGGACCUGGAGCAGCAGCUGCGGACGGUGAUCGACGAGCUGGGCAAAGCCUCCGCCAAGGCUCAAGGGCUGCCGGCCCCCGUCACCAGCGCGGCGCGCAUGGAGAGCAACCGCCACGUCCUCUACAUCCUGCGGGACGCCGACGGACGGGGGACCACCAAAGCGGCGGUGAUCGGGUUCCUCAAGGUGGGCUACAAGAAACUCUUCCUCCUGGACCACAGCGGGGCGCACAACGAAGCGGAGCCGCUCUGCGUCCUCGACUUCUACGUCCACGAGUCGCUGCAGCGGCACGGCUACGGCAGGGAGCUCUUCCAGCACAUGCUGAAGAGCGAGCGGCUGGAGCCGUGGCGCCUGGCCGUCGACCGCCCCUCGGAGAAGCUGCUCGCCUUCCUGCGCAAGCACUACGGCCUCUGCCACCCCAUCCCGCAGGUGAACAACUUCGUCAUCUUCGAGGGCUUCUUCAGCAACCGGCCGGCCCCCCAGCGCCGCCCACCCCAAAAACGCCCCGAGGAGGAGAUCAAACCCUACUCCUUACCGGAGCGCGACUUUUUAAGGGAAGAAGCGGAGCCCCCCUGGCCCUUCAACCUGACGGCGGGGCGCGCGGGGGGGUCCCCGGUGCGGGGCAGCCUGCGCCCCUUCCUGGCCGAGCGGGGGCCGCGGCGGCCGGCGGGGACGGACGGCGCCGACCCCAUAAGGACCCUCAACGGGGGGGGCGAGGGCGAGCGGCAGCGCCGCGCCAGGCGAGUUUCGGGGGGAUUUCUUGGGUUUUGGGGGGCGUUUAUUCGGUUUUGGGGUUUUUUAUUGGGUUUUGGGGUCUUUUAUUAGGUUUUGGGGGCGUUU